AUGGCGUCCAAACGGCUUUUCCUUGAGGAGGAUUUUUCUUGUCCUAUCUGUUGCAGCGUGUUUAGCAAUCCUGUUCUGCUUCUAUGCGGUCACAGCGGCUGCAAAGAGUGCAUUGAAAACUACUGGAGGGUCAAGAAGUUAAAAGAGUGUCCGCUCUGUAGAAAAGUGUCUAUCACCAAGCCUCCGCCUAACCUGGCUCUGAGAAACCUUUGCCAUGCUUUUUUGGAUUACCAGAAGCAGUUGGAGGAGCUGUGUGAAGUUCAUCAUGAGAAACUGAGUCUGUUUUGUGAUGAUGAUGAACAGCUCGUUUGCGAGCGUUGCCGAGACUUCGGCGAGCACAAAUACCACACGUUCCGUCCCAUUUGUGAGGUCGCUGAGGAAAAUAAGGUGCACAAGCUGGAGAAAGAUGAGAGGCAUGCCAAGUUUUCGCAUCUGACAGCUGGGAAGUACAUGAACCAAGCUGACCAGCUGAUGAAGAAGGCCAUCCAUGAGAAAUCUGAGCACGUAGUGCAGCCAUUUCUGAACAUGUUCGAGAAGCAGAAGCAAAUUCAAUUGGAGACACAGCAGACAUUUCAGAAGACAGGAAUGCAACAAACUCAGGUUCAGUAUCAGCAAGAUCCUCACCAGAAGCAGACCUUGCAGAACACUUUAAAGAGACUGAAGUACACUCCCCAGGAUCCAGUAGUGUCUCCAGGAGAGCUUAUAGAUCAUGCCAAGUAUAUAGGCAACCUCAAGUUCAAUGUUUUGAGCAAAAUCAGAAAAUCCAUCGGCCACAGUCCUGUGGUGCUGGACCCGAACACAAUUAACUGUCAACUUCAGAUGUCUGAUAAUCUUACAGAAGUGUGGAACCCCAAUGUGUUCCUGGAACCUAAUGAAUGCUGGGCCAUUGUUCCACUUCCUACAAACUUAGAGCGAUUUGAAAAUUACCCCUGUGUGGUGGGCUCAAAUCAGUGCAAAGAAAAGGAACCUUUGGGUUGCCUAGUGAUAUCUGGACCAUUGGAUUCGAAAGCCAAACUCUGUGUGAGGAGUCCGCUGAAGUCACGCGUCCAUCUGAGUGGAUAUGAGAAACCCAAUCAGGUGCGGGUGAACCUAGACAUGAGUGAAGGACAGGUGUCGUUCUCUGAUCCCCAGAGUCCUGUGGUGCUGGAUCCCAACACAGUUAACUGUCAGCUUCUACUGUCUGAUGAUCUGACAGAAGUGUGGAACCCCAAUGAAGCUGUGGAUGAGAUUGAAAACUUGACUAUUGUAUUACGUUCUCAGAACUUAGACCGAUUUAACAAUUACUCCUGUGUGCUGGGCACCGUGGGCUUUUCCACAGGCACACACAGUUGGGAUGUUGAAGUGGCAAAGAACAAUGUCUGGUUAGUGGGCGUGGCCACUGAAUCAGUGCAGAGGAGAGGAAAGUACGGGCGGCCUAGUGAUAUCUGGACUAUUGGAUUCAAAAGCGAUACUCUUAGUGUGAGGAGCCCGCAGGAGUCAUGCAUCCAUCUGAGUGGAUAUGAGAAACCCAAGCAGGUGUGGGUGAAAGUGGACAUGAGUGAAGGACAGGUGUCGUUCUCUGAUCCUCAAAGUGAUGUCGUCUUUUACACAUUCACACACAAUUUCUGA